AGACAAGUGCCCUAAACCAGUAACCCUCCUCCUCCAUUCUUUUACUUAUAGACGCGCACUGUCCCUCGAGAUUCUCGCUCUUGGAAUCAAAACAUCGAACUCAAAAACUCUCUUACUCUCUCUGACAUCAAGGAGAGCUUAAACAUUCAUCAGCGGACUGGAAGAGCACAGGGCAAGCAUCGAUGGACCGUCACGCGCUGCAUCAACCCUCCUCUUCCUCAUCAAUUCCUGCAACUGCAAACACUAUCUGGGCUGACGCGUCUUCUCUCCUUGAAGCGGCUUGUAAAGAUUUACGCGAUGGCGAGCUAAUUCACGGUGAGAAUUUCAAUCUUUACGCUGCAAUGUCUGCUUUAGAGAUAAUGGACCCGAAGAUGGAUUCUGGUAUCGUCAACAGGUACUGUUCUGUUGAUGAAGCAAUCGAAGACGGUGUGGCGCCUGUGCCUAUUAGCUCUGACAAAACCACUGAUGUUCAGUGCAUGAUUGAUAUCAUGGACCAUCUCUUGACGUGUGAGGCAACAUGGCACAAGGGUCACUCAUUGGCACAAACUGUUUUUUCCUGCGCUUACCUUCUGAGACCAGAGAGGACAACACCACAUGCCCUACUGCAUUCUUAUUGCAAAGUCAUACGUGCAACUUGCAAGGCAGUGAUUUCAGUUGUCUCAGAUGCACGUACUCAUGAAGAAGAGGAUCUUUUUACAAUGGCUUAUGGCCUUCCCCUGAGCAGGGAUGGAGAUGAAAGGUGCUUGUCAUUGUUAAAUGCUGUUGAAGAGAAUAUUUCUCGCCAACUACGAGCUUGUAAAGCCCCUUCAUCCAAAAGAAAACCGUUAGAGGAUAUAGAGCCUUUACAACCUAAUCCUGAUCUGGAAGAAGGCUACUGCAAAGCAUUGUUAUGCCGCUUACGCUUUCGUAAGCACUUUUUCCAUGUUUUAACCUGCAUGAGGCGACCUCAAGGAAGAGGUCUAGAGUUGGCAAGAAAACAUAUAGCUUCCUGCAUUUCAGAGCUGGGAAUAAUUCUUAAAUCAGAAGAAUUCCUAAUGUCUAAUGCCUAUGGAACUUGUGAAGAUGGUACAGAAGAUAGAACAACUGCUUCUGGCCAUCAAGCUAUUGGGUUUGAUGCUAGUUUAAACAGCAGAAUUUCAGCCCCAACUCCACCACGUUCAAUUAAAAUUCUUAGUUGGAAAAAGGCCAUUGAGUAUUUUGAAAAACUUCUUCAUGAUCUAGAUAUUAUAUGUUCAUACCCACUGGACCCUUCUUUGGAAGAUCUUUUGCGCUUUGUGGCUCAAUUUCAAAAAGCACAGCCUGAUUUGGUUGCAAGAGCACAUCUCCAGCUUCUGUUGGUUCAAGAUGGAAAACUCUACGGGCGGUGUCCUAUGUUUUCUCUGAUUAUUAGAGCUGCACGUCUUCCUGAGGUCUUUCUGCACCAUGAUAUUCAGAAGAAUGAAUAUGUUGUACAGUUAGGACAGUUAGUGAUCAAUAUGCUCAAAAUUCUUUGCACAAAUGCUGCAUGGCAGAGGCGUAAACUCGGAAAGAUUUUACAAGAUUGGCGUGUUAUCUAUGUACAGCAGAUAGAGCUUGCUUUCAGAAAGGAGUUUGGAGAAGGCUCUAGCGUUUCAAAUGGCGAGAAUGCAUCAGCAAGAAUAUUAAAACACAUCCUCAUUUGGGUGGAGGAGCAAACUUAUUGGAUUUCCCAUCGAUUUCUCGUUCUGGGUUUCGAAUUAGAGCUCUAUUCUCCCAGUGAAUAUUGCAUGGUGUAUUGGUAUUUGUAUGUUGUUCUGGUCAGGCUUGCAGAGAAAACACAUCUGAAGAUGACAGUGAGCGAUGGCAGUGCUAAACAAAAGGGAAAGAAAAGAAAGGAUUCUCCAAAGGACCUGGCAAGAGACACUAGGAUUCCUCCUGCAAUCUUGUUUCUUCAAUGCCAAAUAUGUCUUGCUGAAGGACUCACACUGCUGCUUGCUGCUUUGAGGAAUGAACUGAUGGUUUUACAAUCUCCCAGCCCAUUUAAUUCUGAACAUGAGAGGUUUAUACAGCAUUUUGAACUUCUACAAAAAGCUUGUAUCCCUGAUCACAUUUCAUACCCUUCAUUCAAGGAAUCAACAUCCUGCGCCCGCUUCUCUACAUUAGUUAUGUAUAAUUAUUUCAAGGAUGCUCAGAAGAUUGCAAAGGAGGUGAGGAAUGGUUUUUCCAAUGACCCAGACAGAUUAGCUGAACUCCGCGUAUUGGAGCAGGUUGCAGAACACAAUAGUAUUGCCCUAAAUGUGAUUUGCCAGGUCGGAGCUCUUGAUCCGUCGCUCAAGGUUUCUUUUGAGUUCAUCCACCAUCCAUGUUUUGCCACUGUCGUUGUCAAGAGAUCUUGAAGGUUUAUCUUUUAAGGACGGUCAAUUUUGAAACACUAGGCACUUUAGCUAGGUGGUAUAGCAAUUGUAACAUUUUUAAUUUGUUUCUCUACAAAUUCUCUCCAUUAUUAUUAUUAUUAAUAUUAUUAUUUAUCAUUUUAUGUAGAUACCAUCAUCUCCAAAGAGAAUAAGUAGAGCAUCGUCCAUUGUCUAUUGCAUUCUAACCCCUUUUUUGGGCGGUGGUUUCCUGCUCA